AUGGAGGAGGGAAAUCAGCGACCAAAGGACAUGACCCCAGAAACAUGGGCACUUAUCGAGGGCCUCUUUCCCCCUGGCCCCAAUAGAAACGGCGCUCACUCUCAUCUGCCUUCAUCCUCCGGCCACGCCAGUGACAUGACAACCUAUGACGGCAGCGAGGCAGCGGCCAGCGAUGGAGACCAAAGCUACAGCAUCGUUGAUGGCAUUAGCAGCACCUCCGAGACUCCAUCUCUCCUGACUCCACCUCUCACCAACACUGACGAUGAAGAAUUUGAGGAUAUCGAGGAUGAGUACGAGAAUGAAGAUGGGAGCAGCGUUGCCACUCCCUCGGGCUGGGGCUCUACCCCAGCACACUCAGUUGAUAACGAAUAUGACCAACAAGAAUAUGACGAUGAAUAUGAAGAUGAAUACGAAGAAGCAUCUGAAGAAGAAUCUGAAGAUGAGAGAAACUACGUCCAGUCUCGUGGUGUUGACUCGCCCGAAUCAACUUCAAACCCGGCACAGUUUGACCGUCUAGAGCAACAGAACAACCAUGGAGCCUCUUGCCAUCAUCCGUACUCUGAUGUUCAAUCUUUGACGAACCUGAAAGCUAUGAUGGCCAUGAAGGCAAUCAUCAUAAUGAGGAGACGCCCGAAAGAAGAAGGAAAGAGGCCCCAGCUAAUACUUCUCCGCAGCAUACACCAUCUCAUCUGA